CCCAAUUGCUGCAAAACUCUAACCUCUAACCAGAGCAAGAACGGUCAGAAAACCUAUUUUUCCAGAUUCUAGCUCGAACGAUGACUUCUUCUUCGAAGAAACAUUACAAGGAGAAAGUUGUUCGUCGCAAAGAAGAGAAAGCAGAACAACCGGAAGCGCCAAAGUAUAGAGACCGAGCUAAGGAGCGUAGAGAGGAUCAAAAUCCCGAUUAUGAAGCUUCUGAAUUGGGUUCUCUUCACGCCGUUGCUCCGCCUGGGAACGUCGACCUAAGGUCAGCUGAUGCACACAAACUGUCCAUCGAGAAGAGCAAAUACCUCGGAGGGGAUGUGGAACACACACAUUUGGUCAAAGGUUUGGAUUAUGCUUUACUUAACAAAGUACGAAGUGAAAUUGACAAGAAACCGGAUGCCGGAGAUGAAGACGAUGGGAAAUCUAGGCCAUCUAAGGAAGACCAACAAGUGUCAUUUCGUACUGCAACUGCUAAGUCAGUUUAUCAAUGGAUAGUGAAGCCUCAGACAGUCAUAAAGUCAAAUGAGAUGUUCCUUCCUGGUCGAAUGUCAUUUAUUUUUGACAUGGAAAAUGGAUAUUCACAUGACAUUCCAACUACCCUGCACAGGAGUAAAGCUGACUGUCCACAGCCUGAGGAAAUGGUUACUGUCAGUGUUGAUGGUUCUGUGCUUGAUCGGAUUGCUAAAAUUAUGUCAUAUCUGCGUCUUGGAUCUUCAGGGAAGGUUCUGAAAAAGAAAAAGAAGGAUAGAGAAACAAAAGGAAAGAUUUCUGUCCUUGGUAAUGACUAUGACAAAGAGGACAAACCCUCAAAGCCUAAUGGUGGGAUGUUAAAGAAUCAACCUGAACGAGAUACUAUGCCACCACCUCCCCCUCCUCCCAAGAAAAAUAAUACCGAUUCGAGAGAGAAGCAGGGCCCAAUUGCUGCUAGAGUAGAAGAAGAUGACAUCUUUGUUGGGGAGGGUGUGGACUAUGACGUUCCCGGUAAAGACAUGAGCCAAAGCCCUCUUUCAGAGGACAUGGAAGAGUCUCCUCGAAAUAAGGAGAAAGUUGCGUAUUUUGCAGAACCUGCUUAUGGUCCAGUCCCACCGCCUGUGUUACCUCAAGAAUGGCAAGAAGCAAAUGGAUAUGAUGUGAUGCAAACUCAAGCCUUGGCUGGCGCCUACCAGGGAGAUUGGCAGGAGUACCAAUAUGCUGAACAACUGGCUUAUCCCGACCAGUACCUCCAGCAAAACAUGCAGGCUUAUGAUGUUCAAGCCGGAUUAAACGAGAUUCAGCAAGAUCCACGCUUUAUGACCCAAGAAGAAAAGGAUCGAGGUUUAGGAUCUGUGUUUAAGCGAGAUGAUCAAAGACUCCAACAAUUGAGGGAGAGAGAUGCUCGAGAAAAGGAUCCCAAUUUUAUUUCUGAAAGUUAUUCUGAAUGUUACCCUGGGUACCAGGAGUAUAACCGGGAGGUCGUGGACAGUGAUGACGAGGAUGACUUAUCGAAAAUGGACAUGGGAGGAAGGGCAAAAGGUCGGCUUCACCGGUGGGACUUUGAGACAGAAGAAGAGUGGGCCACAUACAACGAGCAGAAGGAAGCAAUGCCGAAGGCUGCGUUCCAGUUUGGUGUGAAGAUGCAGGACGGUCGGAAGACACGAAAGCAGAACAAAGACCAGAAGCUCAAUAAUGAGCUUCACAAGAUCAACAAGAUACUUUCCAGAAAGAAGAUGGAAAAGGAGACGAAUGAUGAGGGUGGACAUUAUGAUGAUGAUUUACAACCAGGGAAAAAGCUUCGUGUAUGAAGUUGGCAGCUCCUAGGAUAGCUAGUGUAACAUUUUAUCGAUUGUAUCUUUCAUCUUCAUCAUCUUCAUUAUUACUAUUAUUAUUGCUGAACGUUGUAUCUUUUAGAUUGAUAAGGCUCUAAUUUGAAAACAAGAUUAAAGUUCAAUACAAGUACGUCUUCUUGAU